AUGGACGGAUAACCAGAUCUACCGCCUUGGCAAAGGAAGAAAAAGAAAAGGGAAGGAGAUCUACCGCUCAGCAGUAGCACAUGCACAAUGCACAAGCAGCGGGCGGGCGGCUGCGUCGAGCCGUCGACUGACUAGUGACUACUCAGGCGAACACAAGUACACCUCACACCCACCACCCAGCCCGCCGCGCAGAGCAGCGCAGGCGCCCUGCACCUCCACUCUGCAGCUCUGCUCCCCCUCCCUCUCUCCCGCUCCUCCUCCUUUUCCUUCUCCAGCUCGGCCGCCUCAGCCCGCGCCGCGAUGUCAGAGGAGGACGAGGACCAGCCGCCGGCCAAGCGACCCAGCCCGUCGCCGCCCGCGGACCAGGUGCUCGACAACGUGCUCGAGACGGUGCUCCAGUUCCUGGACGCCCCGCGGGACAGGAGCGCCGCCUCCCUCGUCUGCCGCUCCUGGCACAGCGCCGAGUCCGCCACCCGCGAGUCCGUCGCCGUCCGCAACCUCCUCGCCGUGUCGGCCACCCGCACCGCGCGCCGCUUCCCCAACGCGCGGAGCCUCCUCCUCAAGGGCCGCCCGCGCUUCGCCGACUUCAACCUCCUCCCGCACGGAUGGGACGCCUCCGCCUUCCGCCCCUGGGCCGCCGCCGUCGCCGCCGGGGCCUUCCCCGCGCUCACCUCGCUCUACCUCAAGCGCAUCCCCGUCACCGACGCCGACCUGGACCUCCUCUCCCGCUCCCUCCCGGCGUCAUUCCGUGACCUCACCCUGCACCUUUGCGACGGCUUCACCUCGCGCGGGCUCGCGUCCAUCGCCUCCCAUUGCAGGGGCCUGCGAGUGCUCGACGUGGUGGAGUGCGACAUGGCCGAGGAGCAGGAGGUUGUGGACUGGGUGGCCGCGUUUCCGCAGGAGCCCUCUAACCUCGAGUCGCUCUCCUUCGAGUGUUACGAGCCGCCUGUGGCCUUCGCGGCGCUCGAGGCGCUCGUGGAGCGGUCCCCGCGCCUCAGACGCCUGGGGGUCAAUCUGCACGUCUCGCUCGGCCAGCUGUGCCGCCUCAUGGCGCACGCGCCGCGCUUGUCGCACCUGGGCACCGGGUCGUUCCGGCCGGCGGAUGGCGGCGAGGAGGGGACAGGAUUCGGGGAGGUUGUCUCUGCAUUCGUGGCCGCUGGGCGAGCGCGCACGCUUGUUUCCCUCUCCGGCUUCCGUGACCUCGCGCAAGAGUACCUGCCGACCAUCGCCGUGGUGUGCGCCCACUUGAAGAGCCUUGACUUAAGCUACUCCGCGGUCACCCCGAAUCAGAUUCUGAUGUUCAUUGGGCAAUGCUACAACCUUGAGACACUAUGGGUACUUGACUCGGUGCGCGACGAAGGGCUCGACGCCGUGGGAAUUUCCUGCAAGAAGCUCCAGUCUCUUCGUGUGCUCCCGUUGAAUGCACAUGAGGACGCCGACGAGUUGGUGUCAGAGGUUGGCCUUACCGCCAUCUCACGGGGCUGCCCUGCUCUCCGUUCGAUACUAUAUUUUUGCCAGACCAUGACCAACGCUGCUGUUGUGGACAUGUCGCGGAACUGCCCGGAGCUGAAGGUAUUCCGGUUAUGUAUAAUGGGACGGCACCAGCCGGACCAUGCGACUGGGGAGCCUAUGGAUGAAGGAUUCGGUGCCAUCGUUCAGAAUUGCAGCAAGCUUACCAGGCUAUCCACGUCCGGGCAACUUACUGAUCGGGCAUUUGAGUACAUUGGCAGGCAUGGCAAGUCCCUGCGGACGCUCUCCGUAGCAUUUGCUGGAAACAGUGAUGUGGCGCUGCAAUACAUCCUCCAGGGCUGUCCAAAGCUAGAGAAGCUUGAGAUAAGGGACUGCCCUUUCGGUGACGCUGGCCUCUUCGCCGGGAUGCACCAUUUCUACAACAUGCGGUUCGUCUGGAUGUCAGGCUGCAACCUGACCCUGCAAGGGUGCAAGGAGGUGGCUCAGGUGCUGCCACGGAUGGUGGUGGAGUUGAUAAAUGGCCAGUCUGAUGAGAACGAAAGGAAUGAAAGCGUGGACAUCUUAUACAUGUAUCGGUCACUCGAUGGUCCAAGGGAGGAUGUUCCACCGUUCGUGAAGAUCCUGUGAAGCUGCGCUUCUGCGGAGAUGGCUGGGUAUCGCUAUCAGUGUAGUAUUCAGGCUGCUGCACUUGAUAUGCUGGCUGAGUGCAGAUCAUUUAACGGAAUAUAUAUGUAAGUUGUUGAGCUGCAGAUGUGGUACAUUUUUAUCUCUUAGAAAGAUUUCGAAGCACUGUACUGGAGCGGGGCGGGCGGGGGUAUCAUGUAGUAGGAGUUCAUCAGAUGUGGUACAUUUUUAUCUAGUAGGAGUUCAUCAGUGUAUCCAAAGCGUUCACGGCAGGAGGACUAAGUGCAGCAGAGCAGGCUUCUUCGAGGGGGCCUCAUGGCUGCCUCAGUUUUGUUUGCUGCUCUGGAGGGGGCUCUGGUUUGAGGACCAUAUUUUCUGUGCCGGUGCAACCACCAUGUUUUCCUUCAAAUUUUCGAAAUGAAACCUGUCAUAUCAGACUAGAUUAGAUUCAUUAGAACUUACCCUUAUGUUGUUGUUGUUGCAUAUUUUCUGUUUCAUUUUUUCUCGCUUUAGAACUAUAUGAGAUGAGAUGAGAAAGACCUCCUGAUCUGAGCUACUGUAUAUUGUUAAAUGCCAAUGUUCCUAGAGUCCCAAGUUGUUUGAUCUGA